AUGUCAAGAAACGAUGGCAAGAAAGACUCGUCAGCGUCUACAUUUCGAAAAAUUGAUGUUGAUCAAUACAGUGAUAAUAAUUUCAGAGAAGAGGAUGCUGACGGAGGAAUAGGAGGACCUACGGGUCCAGAUGAAAAUGAAAUAUUAACACUUCUUAGCCAAUAUCCUUUUCGAUAACGCACGAAAUUUGACGCUAAAAGUCCUUCUAAGUAUAAAAUCUACUCAAAUAGAUGAUUGCUUAGCACAAUUAGAUCGUGAUUUACUGGAUGUUUUAAUGAAAUACAUCUAUCGGGGAUUUGAAAUUCCAACAGAGGGUAGUAGUAGUCAUUUAUUAACUUGGCAUGAAAAAGUGUACAAUAUCAGUGGUGUUGGCAGUAUUGUACGAGCGUUUGCAGAUAGCAAACGUGCUUAA